AGUGAUUUGUGACGUCAUCCACCCUGCACGGGCCGAGUCUUUAAAUAGUAGAAUAGGGGAGAAACCCCGUGGACUGUUCACACGACAAACUGAGAGAAUUAGCUGGAGGUUUCCAGACGACACCACUGCAAUCUCCCGUUGCACAGUGAGCAGCCAUGAGUGCGGAAUCCAUUGACAAGUUGAUCAGGAAGGCCAAACUUGCUGAGCAAGUGGAGCGUUAUGACGACAUGGCUAACGCUAUGAAGUCUGCAGCAGAGCUUGAAGAGAAAGAACUGAGCAGUGAAUAUCGCAACCUGCUUUCUGUGGCCUACAAGAAUGUGGUUGGGGCUCGCCGAUCCUCUUGGCGUGUUGUGUCUAGCAUUGAGAAGAUGGAAGGUGGUGACAUAAAGCAGUCCUUGGCCAAGGACUACCGUGAGAAAAUUGAAAAUGAGCUCAAAGAAAUCUGCAAGGAUGUGCUGGGUCUCUUGGACAAAUCUCUAAUUCCAAAAACUGUAUUGCCUGAAAGCAAAGUCUUCUAUUUAAAAAUGAAAGGCGACUAUUACCGCUACCUAGCUGAAGUGGCAACAGAAUCCGAGAAGGAAGAAAUUAUUAGCACCUCAGAGGAAGCCUACAGAGCAGCCUUUAAAAUCAGCCAAGACACGAUGACAUCCACCCACCCAAUCCGCCUUGGUCUUGCUCUCAAUUUCUCUGUUUUUUUCUAUGAGAUCCGCAACUCACCAGAAAAGGCCUGUGAACUGGCUAAAUCUGCUUUUGAUGAUGCCAUUGCGGAGCUCAACACGCUGAGUGAAGAUUCCUACAAAGACAGUACACUUAUCAUGCAGCUACUGAGAGACAACUUGACAUUGUGGACUUCUGAUAGCCAGUCUGAGGAUACAGAGGAUGCCAAAGAAUGAGCUGAACCCCAAUUGUCUCUUCUCGCCAGUGGCCAUCAUCAUGACCAUAAACACUGAGACCACCAUAACCAUAAUUAUUGUCCAGCUCUCCAGAAUGCCUCUUGCGUCGGCUCACCUCUGUUAACUGGUAUUUGUAGUAAUUCAAGGUAUGGGCAUAUAGGGGUUUUCCUUAUGCAUACUGUAGGUUUGUAUGGUUCUAAUGGUGGUGGGUUAACUCUUUAAAGUUAAAAAGCAGUAUGCGUGUCAGUGGUUUUAGUUUUCUUACAUCUUUUGAUAAAGAAAUAUACCUCACAAGACGAAACAUUGGCUGUUGAAUGAAAGCAGGCUAAAAUACCAAGGAAGGCCAAGUCUGAACACAAAGGUUGCAUUCCAUCACUGUCAAAUGUUUAAGUUUCUACAGUUUAAUUUACUUGUUUUUAUAUGAUUUAUGUUUGUGUAUCGGUUACGAGGUAUCAAAGUUGCAGUGGCAUACAAGCUUCUUGGUGUUUUGUGCCUCUGGGGGGGAAAAAAGCUCCACAUGCUACUUUUUUCAAAUUGUGUUUUACUUUUCAUGUUAUCACAUGUUUGUGAUAGCAGAGCAAGUUCUUCCAGGUAAGUGGAAUAAAACAUUUUAACAUUUUAAUUCAUCCAUUAAACAGGCAAUCUAGACUAUUGACUGGAAAGUUGGAUUUUUUUUAAUGCAGUGUUCUGUCUGCAAUAAUCCAUUGUAUUGUCAGCAAUGCUGUGGAUUGUCAGCACCCGGGGGUAUUUCUUAAAAGACCACAGUGUAUGUUUUUAAACUGUAAGCCAGUCAUUAUAAAUCAAUUGUAAUUUCUGUGAUUCAUUGAUGCAGUGAAUCACAUUGAAAUGCGAGAAAAGUCAUCUUCCAAUUAAACAUGAAUGUGGUUUUGUCUUC